AUGAAGCGUGCAGCCGGCUCCGCUUUGAGCGAGAGCAUUUUGCACGAUUUGUGGGUUAACCGCUUGCCUGCAUAUGCGCAAGCAGCAAUUAUAGCAACCAAUGUACCGAUAUCCGAAAAAUUAAAGAUUUCCGACUCCAUUGCUGAGUCAAUUCAACUACGAGAAGGACGGGUUAACGAAGCGUGUGGCAUACAAAACAACUCAGAUUCAGUUCUCAGGACCGAAAUAGCUACACUAACACAGCGCCUCGAUAAAGCGUUAGAUAACGACACAACCCAUUACCGCUCCCGUUCUAAAACACCAGCACGCCAUCGAAAGUCAGACAACGGUUCUGAUGACAUGUGUUGGUAUCACAGAAAAUUCAGUCAAAACGCUAAAAGAUGUCGGCUACCAUGCAAGUUUACUCGCUCACCACCACCAAACGUUCCACAAUAG